AUGAUCGAGCCGUCGAUGCCGACAGUCAAUCACGGGGAUCCUUAUAAGACCGUGAUCGACACCUGUUACAAGAACUUUCUGGUGUUAUCCAACGACAGCGCCGCGUUUUGCGAUAGACAGCAGUUUGCCGUGUCCGGGAUCCUCAACAACGAUACAAUUUAUGUGACCGAGCCAGUGAACGACACGGUGUUGAGCAUUGACGACGAUGGACUUAACAAUUGGUGGGCUAUGCUCGCUCUAGUUCUCGUGUUGGGUACCGCAGCGGGAAACAUCUUAGUGUGCCUGGCGAUAACUAGGGAAAAACAACUUCAGAACGUUACCAAUUACUUCCUCAUGAGCCUGGCGAUCACGGACUUAAUGGUCGCCGUUCUGGUCAUGCCACUUGGGAUACUAACGUUGGUUAGAGGAUACUUCCCCCUGCCGUCAGUUUACUGCCUCGUUUGGAUCUGCCUGGACGUGUUAUUUUGUACGGCGAGCAUCAUGCAUUUGUGCACAAUAAGCGUGGACCGGUACCUCAGUCUACGGUACCCCAUGAAAUUUGGUCGUAAUAAAACCAGACGAAGAGUCACCCUGAAAAUCAUCUUCGUGUGGAUUCUCAGCAUCGCCAUGAGCUUGCCGCUCAGUCUGAUGUACUCGAAGGAGAACGAUUCGGUGUUGGUGGACGGUGCGUGCCAGAUACCGGACCCUCUGUACAAGCUGAUCGGCAGCAUAAUCUGCUUUUACAUACCGCUGGGCGUGAUGCUGCUUACAUACGCAUUGACGGUCAGACUGCUGGCGGAACAGCAACAGAAUAUUGGAGGAACUGCAGGUUGGUCCUCCGGAUGGCUGGGUGACCCGCAGGGUUCACCCCAUACUAGGUUGGAAAGACGAGGGACGGUGAAGCGGUUUCUGCUGAAUAAAAGAUCUACCGGAAGCAGCGGCACGCCGCAACACACUUCCGGCACGUCCACAGAUACCGAACUGACGACCUUGGACACCCACGAACUUUGGCUUCCAGAGAGCGAGCCACCACCUUCGGCUAUGUCCGCGCUUCAGGCGUUUGGCGCCGAAAUGCUCAAGUUAUCCAGGGGUCUCGAGGGCAUAGCGAGCCCUGGCAGCCCUACUCCGAUGGCGACGCCAAGAUCAACGCCACAGCACUCUGUCCAGCAUCAUCAACAGUCCUACCGGUGCAACUUUCGCCAUGGGAGCGCCGAAAGCGGCGGCAGCAGUGCUUCCGGUUCCAGAACAAGCCUCUCGAUGCAGGAGGACCUAAGCUCCCCGACACCGUGGAAGCAUCGUCGGCGAGCCUCCACGUUCAACGAGACUCACUUAGAUCGAGCCGACUCAGACUCGCCCAGGACACCUAGGAAACGAUCUUUCAGUUUUCACGAGCAUCCGGCGUUUGUUCAUAGCCCCGAGUCCAGAAAGAGCUCGUCAAACGAGGAGAACGUGCCGAGGAAGUCGAACGACAAACAGGAAGGCGAAAUCGCUCUACCACCACCUUGCACUUGUCCCUAUUUCGGCGAAUCCUCCAAGAAACCACCGCCCCAACCAUCUAGCGAGAUUGUAAUCGUCUCCAGCGACACCAUGAAGCCAAUCUCGGGGAAGAAUCUCGAGGCGGGAUUCUUGGGGAGAAACAAUAGUGUCAAGAUGGAGGUGAACAGAAGCUACGAGUUGAAUUCCGUUGUCACAUGGAGAGGAGGAAGAAGGGGUUCGAGCUUAGGAAGCACGCGAACCUCUCUGCUAGCGUCGAGAACGGUCCCGAUAAGACGUGCGGCGACGAUGAGGGCGCAUAACGGUGCAGCUAGCAUCAGCUCGAAACAGAACAGCAAUUCGUCAUUUCCCUGUCUGCACAGAUACUCCGGACCGAUUCGUAGCCGUCAUUCACGAACCAGCAGCGUGGUAUCUCGCGACAGUUCUCGUCACGGAAGAAUCAUCAGGCUCGAGCAAAAAGCCACCAAAGUUCUCGGCGUUGUUUUCUUCACGUUCGUCAUACUCUGGGCGCCGUUCUUCGUUCUGAAUUUGAUACCAGCCGUAUGUCCCGACUGCGAAAGACAGAUCGACCGGAAGAUCUUCGAUCUGGCCACUUGGUUGGGCUACGCUAGCUCCAUGGUGAACCCAAUUUUCUACACGAUCUUCAACAAGGUUUUCCGGCAGGCCUUCAAGAAGGUGCUGCUCUGCAGAUACAGGAAUCGAUCCUCGAGAUCGUCCAGGUAG